AUGGCGUGUUGUGGGGGCAAGAAGACUAAGAACGAUCAUUUCUCCACAUUCUCUGAUGCCGCAUAUAAUGGCAACAUUGAUAAAAUGAGAGAGUGCCUGAAGAAGGAGGCGAAAAGCAAGAAGAACAAAAUGGAGGAUGUCAUUAACGAAAAGCACGGGGAUUUCAAUAUGACAGCUCUGCACUUCGCGGUGCAAAAAAAAGGUAAUAUCGAGGCCGUGAAGUUCUUGAUUCAAAAUCAGGCGAACGUUAAAGCUCAAACGAAGAACGGAGAAACUCCACUACAUAUAGCAUGCUAUCACAGAAAUGAGGAGGCAGUCAAGGAGUUGUUAACAACUGAGGCACGGCAAGACGUGAAUACGGCGGAGAAGUUGAGUGGCAUGACGCCUUUACAUAUAGCUGUUUGCAAGGGCUCUCCCGGGGUUAUUGAUUUACUUCUUCAAAAUGGAGCUGAUCCCAAAAUCAAGGAUAAAAACGGUCACGACUGUUUCGAUUCUGCAGAUUUCUGGGCCAAUCAGGACACAGUGGCCGCUUCUCCUAAUGCGAACCACUCACAAGCGUAUGACGUUUUGAAGAACGCGAUGCGGGCUUGA